AGUGCGAGUAAGCGGUGGGGCUAUAGUCUGUCAUGGCGCGGGUGUCGGUCUUGGGAGUUUCGCUGCUGGAGAACCCGAGCCCCUUCGCCCACCCGCUCCGUUUCCAAGUGCAGUUCGAGUGUGGAGAGGCGUUGCCUCAUGACUUAGAGUGGAAGAUCAUCUAUGUGGGCUCUGCAGAGAGUGAAGAAUAUGACCAAAUUCUUGACUCAGUGUUAGUGGGACCUGUUCCAGCUGGGAGACAUAUGUUUGUGUUUGAAGCCAAUGCCCCCAACCCUGAUCUCAUCCCGGAGAGUGAUGCUGUAGGAGUUACAGUGAUACUUAUCACCUGCACCUACCUGGGCCAGGAAUUCAUCCGCAUUGGCUAUUAUGUCAACAAUGAAUAUCUGGAUCCUGAGCUAAGAGAGAACCCACCCCUCAAGCCAGACUUUUCCCAGCUCCAAAGGAAUAUCCUGGCCUCCAACCCUCGAGUCACUCGUUUCCACAUCAAUUGGGAUGGUCCUAGAGACGAGAUGGACAAUAUUGAAAAUGUAGACCCAGAGCCUGAUGGUCUCCUUUCUCCUAGCUGUUCCUACAUCAAAGGGUUGGUCCCUUCUAUGGGUCUGCAGCCUGAGAAUUCCAUGGACUGUUUGUGAUCCAAGUACAAAAAUCCAAGGAACCCUGCACAGAGAUGGGCAACUGACACACUUCUGUGGAAAAUUUUGGAGGGACUUGGAUUCCUGUGGCCAGUGAGGCAACUGAAGUCCUGAAUGCUAUGUCUAUAUAGACUGAUAUUUCAGACUUAUUUCCUAUUGUUUUUUUUGUGACAGAUUUGCUUUCCUGACUAUAGGCUGAGUUCUGCCAUAGUAUUUCUUGGUUGGGACCUAGACUCUUCUCACACUGCACUUGACAGACAUCUUAUCUAGAUGACAGAGUAAACAAGAAUCCUCUACCUUAUCUUCAGAUAUCUGAGGCCAAUAAAGGCUGCCUUGUCAUUAGAAGCAUCCAUUUUCUGAGUAAUGUACUGGCCACCUUCAUUCCAGGACAGUCUCAGCCCCUCUCUCUCUCUUCUUUCCAUUCCAACAGAGAGCUAAGCCUUGUAGAGUUGCGGCUGACAAACUGGCUAGGUAUUACAGCCAGUCUUGAUUUCUGUCAUCUUAGGAGUGAUGAACUUCUCCCAGUUUUACCACUAUAGUUCUAUUGAUGUGCUUAGCAUGAAAAGUGCUGGAAGAGAUGUUAAAAGCAGCACAGGCUGCUCAUGUGAGAGUCUUCACACUGCUUUGGAAAGUUGCUCAUCUAGUGUGUGCUACCUGCCCUUCUCUCUAGCACUAUUCCCAAAAGCUACUGUUCCUGCUGACAGUCCAUGACCAGAGUCAGCAAGUAUAGUAUCAGUCCCUUUAGCCAGUGACUGUUUGCAAAUGCCUCUGCAGAUGCCCUUGCCUGUGGGAGUAUUGAAUAUGCCUUUCUCAUAAGGUCUGCACUUGAUCAUAGUCAAGUUUAUUACAUAUUCUCUUUCCACCCAUAGUGAGAACGUCCAGAAACUCUUUGUUCCCACUAGGAUGUCUUUCCAAUAAGGCAAAAUUUGCAUGUGCGUGGUUGUUUUGUUUUCAGUUCUGCUUCCUUAUUUCAGAGAGUAUAUGCCUUGGUAUUUGGUCUUUCUGUUUUUCUCCCUGGUAUUAUACAGUGGUAUGCUGCAUUCAGGCCUUUUAAACAUGUUCACAUUGUAGAAUGGAUGUUCAACCAAUAAAACUUUUGGAAGAAA